AUGGCACAAGCUUCGAGCAAUUGCCUCUACUUAAGCAGGAUCCGUUGGGCCACAGUGAGGCGUUUCCGCUGGCCAGCGUUCCAAGGCUCAGAUCUGCAGCCAGACGUGCGCUGGGGGGUCCUAGCUCCGUCGCCCGUCGUGACAAUCAAGAAGGAUCGCACGUCCAGGAACAGCAUCUCUUUAUCCUGGCAGGAGCCCGAACACCCCAAUGGGAUCAUAUUGGACUACGAGGUCAAGUACUAUGAAAAGCAGGAGCAAGAGACGAGUUACACCAUUCUGAGGGCAAGAGGCACGAACGUCACCAUCAGUAGCCUCAAGCCUGACACCGCUUAUGUUUUCCAAAUCCGCGCCCGAACCGCCGCGGGCUAUGGGAGCAACAGCCGCAAGUUCGAGUUUGAAACGAGCCCAGACUCCUUCUCCAUCUCUGGGGAGAACAGCCACGUGGUGAUGAUCGCCAUCUCGGCGGCCGUGGCCGUCAUCCUCCUCACCGUGGUCACCUACGUCCUGAUCGGCAGGUUCUGCGGCUACAACAAGUCGAAGCCCGGGGCGGACGAGAAGCGGCUGCACUUCGGCAACGGACAGCUGAAACUUCCAGGUCUCAGGACCUACGUUGACCCCCACACGUACGAAGACCCUACUCAAGCGGUUCAUGAGUUUGCUAAGGAACUGGAUGCCACCAACAUAUCCAUCGACAAAGUUGUUGGAGCAGGCGAAUUUGGAGAAGUAUGCAGUGGCCGCUUGAAACUUCCUUCAAAAAAAGAGAUUUCGGUGGCCAUAAAAACCCUAAAAGUGGGCUACACAGAAAAGCAGAGGAGAGACUUCCUAGGAGAAGCAAGUAUCAUGGGACAAUUUGACCAUCCCAACAUCAUCCGACUGGAGGGAGUGGUUACUAAGAGUAAACCAGUGAUGAUUGUCACAGAAUACAUGGAGAAUGGUUCCCUGGACAGUUUCUUACGUAAACACGACGCCCAGUUCACGGGCAUCCAGCUAGUGGGGAUGCUCCGCGGAAUAGCCUCCGGCAUGAAGUACCUCUCGGACAUGGGCUACGUCCACCGCGACCUCGCCGCCCGGAACAUUCUGAUCAACAGUAACCUGGUGUGUAAGGUCUCUGAUUUUGGACUUUCGCGUGUUCUAGAGGACGAUCCAGAAGCUGCUUACACCACAAGGGGAGGGAAGAUCCCAAUCCGGUGGACAUCCCCAGAAGCUAUUGCUUACCGCAAGUUCACGUCAGCCAGCGACGUGUGGAGCUACGGGAUUGUUCUCUGGGAGGUGAUGUCCUAUGGAGAGAGGCCGUACUGGGAGAUGUCCAAUCAGGAUGUCAUCAAAGCUGUGGAUGAAGGCUAUCGGCUGCCCCCGCCCAUGGACUGCCCGGCUGCGCUCUACCAGCUGAUGCUGGACUGCUGGCAGAAGGACAGAAACAACAGACCCAAGUUUGAGCAGAUUGUCAGCAUUCUGGACAAGCUCAUCCGGAACCCAGGCAGCCUGAAGAUCAUCACCAGCGCGGCCGCCAGGCCAUCGAACCUUCUUCUGGACCAAAGCAGCGUCGACAUCACUACCUUCCGCACAACGGGUGACUGGCUCAAUGGUGUCCGGACAGCACAGUGCAAGGAAAUCUUCACUGGCGUGGAGUACAGUUCUUGUGACACCAUAGCCAAGAUUUCCACAGAGUGUUCCCACAGGGCCUCCUCUGGAAGAACGUGGAUGAUCUCAGACUUGGUUGCUCUCAAGAGACGCUUCAUAGCUUCCUCCUGGCUUCCCAGGUGCUUAAGCUUCACUUGGAAACUCAAUGCUUCCUCAAUGGAGGAGGAAGAUGAAAGAGAAGAAAUAAAAACAAGAGGAUAAGAAGAAGGAGAAGGAGGAAGAAGAA